GUUGUGGUCACGGAGAGUAAGUCCAUUGCUGCUGUGAAAAGCAAAAUGAGCAAGCUUACUCUUAAACGCAAGAGUCGAAGGUCCAAAGAGAAGACAGCAGGCAAAGAAGCAGUGCAGAGUCCCAGUGGGCCUGCUGAAGAAGCUGAAGAUGUUGGCGCUGAGGUACCAGCUGCUGUUACAGUGGAAGUGGAAGAUGUUCACCCUCUUCCUGAGAACUUCACUGGAGAGAAGGAUGAAUUUUUGUUGUUUGCAUCCUUCUUUGAGGUGACAAUGAUAGAUCCUUCCAUUGGCUCCAAACCAGUCACCUUCGAGCUGUCUAUAGGGAAUUAUGGGAAAACUGCAGAUGUUGUGAUGAAGUCCAGCAAGAGUGGUAGUCAGGAGAAUCUGGCUGAGGACAGACAGCCGCUGUUGGAAUCAGACGACGAGUUGGAGAGAGAUGAACUUCUGAACUCUGGCCCUCGAGACAAAUCCGUCACACCACCUAGGAGACCACAGCCCACUGAAUACGACAGAUCAUUCAGUUGCAUUCCCUUAUUCCGAGAGAAACCAUGUAGCUUUGUGUGGAGCUACUUCGAGGAUCACACCUUCCGAUUCCACAACAGCAACUGGUUGUCCAAGAUGGCUGACCGACUGGAAUAUGGUAUCGAUGAAGUGGAGAUGCUGUUGAAAAGAUCAAAAAUCAAGGCUAAAGAGCGUUUGGUGGAUGCCGUGCUGGAAUUCUUUUCCACUUGCAAGCAGUACAGCAGUAACUUAGACAGGAAGAGGAAUGCUCGUCAAAACACCCUGGAUAAGUGCCGCGUGGGCCUCAUCAAAAGGAACAUUGUUUUGCUGGCCAAGCAGGCCCUGAGAAUGAGAAAGAGAGUGACCAGAAAUACAGUUAAAGACAGGCUGGCAGAUCUCAAGAAUAUCGCAAAGAGGCUCCGUUUUCUUGCUGUUGAACCUCAGAGCACUCUCCCUGAUGUGUUUUUGUGGAUGCUGAGUGGAGGGAGGCGAGUGGCCUACACCAGGAUUGCAGCCCCCUCUAUCCUAUUCUCGCUGGUGGAGGAAGAGAAGGGUAAAGACUGCGGUAAAAUCACUGCUGUGUACUUGAAGACCCCUGGAGGACCAGUGGGGGAAAUCUUCGCGAAACUGGAAGUAUAUAUGUGGCUUGGUAUCACAAAGUAUGCUAAAAACUGUGUCACCAGCCUUCCAGCAGAGUUCAGACCCAUUUACUAAGAGGCGACUUCUGGUGCAUCAAUUCAGAACAUGCCUCCCACCAAAUUAGUGGAAGACAGUCGUUAUUUCCAGUUACGUGCUCACAUUUAUCAAGCGCGUGGCAUUAUUGCAGCCGAUGACAAUGGACUGUGACCCUUUGCCAAGGUUGUGUUCAGCACACAGUGUCAGGUCACACGGGUUAUGGAAGAAACUCUGUCCCCGACGUGGUGUGAGUUACUCCUCUACGAUCAGGUUCUGAUGGAGGGCAGUAAGGACGAGUUCAGAGAAGACCCUCCUGUGAUCAUCAUCAACAUCUAUGACUACAACAAACUAGGCAGUCCACAAGCCCUUGGUCGUGCUUUUGCAAAGCCAGAGUUGAAGUUUGUAGAAGAGCCAUAUAAAAAACCCCAGUUGCAGUUUUUUGAGAUCACAAAAGGCAAGAGCAAAGCUGGAGAAAUUUUGGCAGCUCUUGAGCUCAUCGAGUUGGAUUACUCAAACUUCGGAGAGCCAGCACUGCCACUGGACGUUGACCCCAAGGAACCACAGUACAUGGAAGAAGAAUGCUAUUUUAUCAUUCCAGAGGGAGUUCGACCUGUGCUCAGGAAAUACAGAAUAGAGGUGCUGUACUGGGGCCUGAGGGACCUGAAAAGAGUCAACCUGUUUGAAGUGGAGCGACCUCAAGUGAAGAUUGAGUGUGCGGGCCAUAUGAUCGAGUCUGAGGAAAUUCAGAGCUACAAGCUGAAUCCCAACUUCAAUGAUGUGGUUAAACACUUUGAUGUUGAACUUCCAGAGCUUGUCUACCUGCAUCCUCCUCUUACUGUCUUCGUAAUGGAGCAGAGAGCAUUCGGUAGGCUGGUCCUAGUGGGAACUCACGUGGUCCAAAACCUUGUGCAGUUUGGUCCCAGGGACCAAGAGGAGUGGAAAGACGAGGAGGAAGAGCCUGAGGAGAAGAAGCCUCCGCAGAAGACCACUCCUCUAGCCACGCUGAUCACUAUGGACUUGGGUGGACUUCCUCUGAAGCAUAGCAAAAUUCCUGUUAACCCAUUUAACUUAGUCACGUCUCCAAUCAAAAAGGUGAUUAAAAAAGAGGAGGAGUUGGAAGAGGAGCCACCAGAAAAGGAGGAGCUUGAUUGGUGGUCUAAAUAUUAUGCAUCACUUGCUGAACUCGAAAAACAGGAGGAGAAAGAGGAUGAAUUGGAAGAUGGGCAAGAUGGAGAUGGAGCACCAUUGAGCAUGGCAGCACUAGAGGCAGAGGAUGAUGAUGCUGUGAUUGAAAUAGAGCCGCCUGCUCCAAAGAGGAAGAAAAUUGCCACUUUACAGCUUUACAAGUCUGAACUUGAAAACGAAUUCAGUCAGUUCAUGGACUGGUUGCACAUAUUUCCUGUCUACAAAGGCAAAUCCAGCCUGGAAGAUGAAGAGGAAGAUGAAAGUACGAGAUAUAUGGGUAAAUAUAAGGGAUCGUUUCUGAUAUACCCCAUCGCUCCAGAAGACGAGGAUGCAGACUGUCAGAUCACUAAUGGGAUUCCCAAAAAUACACCCAUCAAAGUCCUUGUGAGAAUAUAUGUAGUGAAAGCAACCAAUCUGGCACCCACAGAUCCGAAUGGAAAGGCAGACCCCUAUGUAGUGGUAAAAGUUGGCCAGCAGCAAAUGGACAGCAAAGAGCGCUACAUUCCCAAACAACUGAACCCAGUGUUUGGAGAAGUGUUUGAACUGACCGUGUCCUUCCCCCUGGAGACCGAGCUCACGCUGUACGUGUUUGACCAUGACCUCGUGGGUUCUGAUGACCUUAUUGGUGAGACCCGCGUGGACCUGGAGAACCGUUUCUAUAGCCGCCAUCGCGCCGGGUGUGGCCUGGCUCUUCAUUAUGAUAAGGAUGGCUAUAAUAAAUGGAGAGAUGCCAAGAAGCCCACUGCGAUAUUACUGGAGCUCUGCCGCAAAAAUGGGAUUCUCCCGGAGUACAGAGAGUCUGAAAUGAAAGUUCUCAACAAGAUCUUCAAAGUUCCCAAUGAGGCUUUUCCAGAAGAGUUGCUGAAGAAGAAUAAGAAGACUGAGGAAGACUAUGCAGAGCUGGAUGAGCAUAAAGCUCUAAGUGUCCUGCAGCGCUGGAAGGAGAUGAGAGAGUUCUGUGAGGGAGCAUGUCCUUUAGUUCCUGAGCACGUGGAGGUCCGCUCACUGCUCAACGCCGAAAAGCCAGGCCUCCCUCAGGGCUAUGUUCACAUGUGGAUUGACAUGUUUCCUGUAGAUGUACCUCCUCCACCACCUGUUAAUAUCAAACCUAGACUUCCAGAGAGUUAUGAGCUGCGUGUGAUCAUCUGGAAUACUGAUGAUGUCGUACUGGAUGAUGUAAAUCCUUUCACCGGAGAGCCGUCAAGUGACAUCUAUGUUAAAAGCUGGAUUAAAGGUCUGGAAGAUGACAAACAGGAGACAGAUGUGCAUUUUAAUUCCCUCACUGGAGAAGGCAACUUCAACUGGCGCUUUGUCUUUCACUUUGACUAUCUUCCUACUGAGAAAGAAGUCAUCUACAAGAAAAAGGAGUCCCUCUUCGCCCUUGAAGAGACUGAAUUCCGUCAACCGGCUGUUCUGGUGCUGCAGGUCUGGGAUUAUGACCGCAUCGGUUCCAACGACUUCUUGGGAUCCAUAGAGUUGCGUCUCAGCGAUAUGGUCCGUGCAUCAAAAUCAUCCGAGCAAUGCACUGUUAAGAUGGCCAAAGACAAGGCUGGCCCUCGCUUCUCCAUCUUCCGCAGCAAGCGGAUGAAGGGCUGGUGGCCGCUCAUCAAACUAAAGAGCCAAGAGGACAUUGAGAGAGAGGAGAGGGAGGCAGAACAAGAGAAGAAAAACAAGAAGAAGAAGAAAAAGAAGUCGAGCAAGCGAAGCCAAAUGAAACCAGAAGAUCUGCAGUUUGUGGACAACAGUGGGAACACCUUUCUGCUAAUGGGUAAAGUAGAGGCAGAGUUCCACCUAGUGACAGCUGAAGAAGCCGAGAAGAACCCUGUGGGAAAAGCACGCAAAGAACCCGAACCUCUGGACAAACCAAACCGCCCCAAGACAUCCUUCAACUGGUUUGUGAACCCCUUGAAAACCUUUGUGUUCUUUAUCUGGAAGAAGUACAAGAAGUACAUCAUUGCUUUGAUCAUUUUGGUUAUCCUGGGGCUCUUCCUCUUCCUCAUCCUCUACACUUUGCCUACACACAUCAGCCAGCUUAUUGUCAGUGGAUGAGAAGUUGAAAAUGCACAUAAACAAAGAAAUGUACUGAUCAACAGGAAAAAUAAUUAUACGCGUGCACAUUAAUAUACACAUGGCAUUACUUACUUUAAAAGGAAAGACAUGGACAAUAAUAACUAAUAAGAAUUUAGCAAUACAAACAAUUGCCUGUUGAAGGUGCAGUAAGCCAUUUCUGACUAUAAUUGUUGAUUUUUAAAACGACCAAAACAAACAUGGCCAUACCCAAAAGUAUUGCACUGCUAUCUUGAUAGCUCCACCCCCAAAUUCACAAAUAAGCAAUGCAUUAGCCCCUCCCCCAUUAUUAGUGGACACUCCUUUCACUGGUGAAUGCACUUUCAACAAUGUUUCUCAGAAAUCGCGUAGUGUGCCUUUAAUAAAUUCAGCGAAGUUUAAUGCUAUAUGAUUUCAUGUACACUGACGUUGAAAUGUUUUAAAGAAAUUAAUCAUUUUAAUCAAAUAUAUCCAGCCUUGGUGAGAGGCUUUUUUUUUUUUAAAUGUUUAAGGAAUUUUAAUUUCCAAUCAUGCUGCUGCUUUAUAUUUUAUUUUAUAUGCAUUCGAAGAUUGUUUUGUCAAUAAAGUGAUAUGGCA